AUGCUUGGGAUUGAUUUAGGAACUUUCAAUACCCGAGCAUCGUAUUUCAACCCAGAAACAGGUGAGAAAACUCUUACAAGGAAUGUUCAAUUCAAUGGAAAUGAUUCUCUUUUUUCAGGAAUUGUUUUUGAAGAAAAUCAAACUUUAGUCGGAGACUCUUCAAACAUUUACAAGAUACCUACUAAAACAAUGUUUAAAUUUAAAACAAUAAUUGAUAAUCCAUCAAGAUUCGAAGAUAUUGCAGAAAAAGCUGGUUUUCAUCUUUCAGAAAAAGAUGGAAGUAAUUGUAUCCAGAUAGGUCCAAAUCAAUAUAAUCUAAUAUAUAUGCUUUCUCUCAUUUUCAAUACAAUUAAUAAAAACUUUUCAAACGUUUCAAAUUCUACAUCAGAUGUGAAGACAACAAUCGCUAUCCCACCAUCAUUUGAUGAAACACAUAAGAAAACGAUCAAAGAAGCGUGCGAUUUAGCAAAUAUUAAGAUUGAUAAAUUUAUUUCAGAACCUACAGCUGCUUUGUUAAAGUACAAAUCAAUUGAUGAAACAGAGAAUGCUACUGUCGCUAUGAUUGACUACGGAUAUUCAGGUCUUACUGUUACUUUUCUUAAAAUGACCGGAUAUCAAUUUGAUAUCAUUGUUUCUGUCAAAAAGAGCGAAUUUUGUGUUGAAAAUGUUGACAGAAUGAUCAUACGUUUCGUUUUAGAUCAAUACAAACAGAAAUAUCCAAAUGAUGAGCCAAGUAGCGAAGCCAUAUCAAGACUGAAAGAAGAAACGAUGAAGUGCAGAGAAGCAAUGACUUCUGUUAAGAAAUUUGACUUUCACAUCGAAAAUUUCUGUAAUGAUCAUACUUUAGAGUAUAAAAUGCGUAGAAAUACGUUCUAUAGCGCUUCUGAAGACAUAUUUGACUCAACUCCUGCAGUUAUUAGAGAUGCUUUUGCAAAAUCUAAAAUGAAACGUAAUGAAAUUAAUUUAGUUCUUUGCAGAGGUGCCUGUAUUAAUCACAUAUUAGAUUAUAUUAAAGAAUAUUUUAUCGGAAUCACUGUCGAUGCCGAUUUUGAUGAAAAUGGAACUGCUGUCGCUCAGGGAUGCGCCCUCAGCUAUAAGAAAGAUAUAGAAGAAAAAUUUGAUGAUCCAAGCACAAGUGGAUCAAAAUGUUGUUUGUUAAUAUAA